AUGAAUGAAUAAAAAUUAAGGGAAAUGAUGAAGAUCUACACUGUUUCAAAAUAGGUUAACAAAAAGGCUGAAAAGAAUUUUAUCAAAUUUUCUAGUUAAUAUUAUAAAUUGCAUAAGAAUGACAUGACUCCAGAUUUAUUGAGCGAGGUCAAUUCUCUAAGAACAAUAAUCAAAUCUGAUAGAGUGGCAUUUUCUACUUAAAACUCUCCUCAAGUUAGUCCUCGUCUCACAAGCAAUCAUAUGUUUAAUUUCAAGGAGGAGAAGCCAACUCUGAAUUCCAUUUACUCAGACGACAAGCAUUAGGAUAUAUACAAUCUCUACGUCGAUGAGAUAAACGAUCUCAAAUAAUGUUAGUGUAUAAUUUAUAUCUAGAACUCCAUUAAGCCAAUUCCAUAAUAAAAUAAUAAAAAAGUGAUCACGAUAAAAAGGUCUAAGUUAGAAUAGGAGAGAGCGAGAGUUAAUGAUCUCACUUAAUAAUCUAAUUAACUGUAAAAGUCAAGUGUGUCUAUGCUCAAUUGCAGCUUGGAUCAAAGGAAAUAGACCUUGAAUUCCGAGUUGAAUAAGGAAUAGAGUAGAGAAUUGUUUAAAUCUGAAAUCUGCAGGGCCUUAGAGAAGUACAACAACAGCAAGUAAGAUUAGAGUAAUAAGUGA